ACCGUGCCUGGUGUCACAAUUUCCUCAACACACUCAUCCAUUCCUACGGCGGCUAUGUUUGCAUCUGUCCUGAAAACGUAUUGCAGCUCCUUCUGCCACCUCUUUGUUUGCAACAAUGGAUGAAUAUAUGUCCACCACAGAAGACUACUGGUUUUUCGACUACGACAACUACACCUUCUCCCCUGAAAGCAGCAAGACGUACGCGGCGCCCUGCCCCCAUGAUGACAUCUACACGUUUGCGCAGAGAUACCUUCCUGUGGUCUUCGGCCUGGUCUUCUUCCUGGCCUUGGUGGGCAACGUGCUGGUGCUGUGCGUGAUCCGGCGCUACAGAACGUCCCGCGGCGGCGCCUGCUCCUUCUCCCUCACCGACACCUUCCUCCUCCACCUGGCCAUCUCCGACCUGCUGCUGGCCUUCACGCUGCCGCUGUUCGCCGUGCAGUGGGCGCACCAGUGGGUUUUCGGCGAAGUGGCCUGCAAGAUCUCCGGCGCCCUCUUCUCUCUCAACCGCUACAGCGGCAUCCUCUUCCUGGCCUGCAUCAGCUUCGAUCGCUACCUGGCCAUCGUUCACGCCGUCAACGCCAGUUGGAAGCGCAGCACCUGCCAGGCCCAGAUCGCCUGCGGCCUGAUCUGGGUGGUCUGUCUGGGGCUGGGGGGCAUCGACAUCGCCUUCAAGCAGGUGGGGGAGGUGGACAUUAUGGGUCGACGGGGGCCGCUCCUGUGCCAGGUUUGGUUCACCGACAACCCCGUGCAGUGGCAGGUGGGCCUGCAGCUGGUCAGCGUGAGUCUCGGGUUCGGACUCCCGCUCCUGGUCAUGCUUUACUGCUACAUCUGGAUCUUCCGGUCGCUCUGCAAUGCCACCCGGCGGCAGAAGCGCAAGUCCCUGCGCCUCAUCGUCUCCCUGGUGUCCGUCUUCGUGCUCUGCUGGGCGCCCUACAACUGCUUCCAGCUGGCCGACAGCCUGCAGAGGCUGGGCGCGGUGCCCGGCGGGUGCCAGUUCGGCCGCGUCGUGGACAUCGGGACCUUGAUCACCGAGAGCGUGGGGCUGUCGCACUGUGCUCUGAACCCCUUGCUGUACGGCUUCGUGGGGGUCAAGUUCCGCCGGGAGAUGGCUCGGAUGUGUAAAGGGCUGCUGGGGGCGAGAGGCUGGCUGGGCAUGGAGGGAUGGAGGGACAGGAGGCGCAAAACCGCCAGCUCCUACAGCUCUGCCGAGAGCGAAAACACCUAUUACUCCGUCGUAGGGUAAUGACGCUUUAGAACCGGGGUCUCCAACAGUGGAUGCACCUUUUCCACUGCACAGUGCCUUUGCACUUAUGGUUUUGUACUUAAUAUCCCAAAAAUAGCUCAGCGUCCACACUGGUAUUUUUUAGAGAUGUCCGAUAUUGUCCAACUCUUAAUUACCGGUACCGAUAUAUACAGUGGUGGAAUUAACACAUUAUUAUGCCUAAUUUUGUUGUGAUGCCCCGCUGGAUGCAUUAAACAAUGUAACAAGGUUUUCCAAAAUAAAUCAACUCGAGUUAUGGAAAAAGUGCCAACAUGGCACUGACAUAUUUAUUAUUGAAGUCACAAAGUGCAUUAUUUUUUUUAACAUGCCUCAAAACAGCAGCUUGGAAUUUGGGACAUGCUCUCCCUGAGAGAGCAUGAGGAGGUUGGGGUAGGGCAGGGGUCGGCAACCCGCGGCUCCGGAGUCGCAUGCGGCUCUUUGAUCACUCUGAUGCGGCUCAGCAGUUUACUUGCUGAACCCCCCAAUUUUCCCGUGAGACUUCCGGAUUUCAGUGCCUCUCGCAGAAAACUCCCGGGAUUAAUAUUCACCGAUUUUCACCCUUACAGCUAUAAUAAGGGCGUGCCAUGAUGGUACAACAUUUGGCGCUCUCUACAAUCUGUAUUA